AUGCAGUGCCAUCCGAUAGGCAGCACCGCUUGCUCCGCCGGAUCCUCGGCUCGCUCCGACCCGAGCUCUCUCUGCGCUCGUUGAAGCUCCGCCACGCUCGCAUCGCCUCCUCUCGUUCUCUCUCUCUCUCUCUCUUUCACUCUCUAUUUUUUUUCUCACGCGCUCUCUUCCUUCGCUCUCUCCCUUUCCCUCCUCUUUUCUCUCUUCUCCGUUGUAUCAGCGUGGCGUGGCCGCGGCAGCCGCGACACAACGACGGAGGAAAAGUCGUCGCGGGUGGAAAACGCGGGACGCGUGCGGCGAACGGCAUCAAUCUCGCGUGUAUCCGGCGGCCGCGUGUGUCGCGCGUAGCAGACGUAUACGUGUGUGAGCGCCCGGCGCGCCUGCUCGUCCGCUCGCUCGCUCGCUCGCUCGCUGCGAGCGUGUACAUCGUCGUUCCUUGUCGCGCGAAGAGAGGAGGCUCCCUUCCCCCGACCUGGAUGCGCGGCAGUCUGUAUGAUUGCACUGUAAUCCUGUGAGCGCUAUCUGGACGUUGAACUAGAUAGCGAGGACGCGGAGGAAGAAGCGGAAACGCGAGCGGAGAAUGCCGCGCGCCGGACAACGUCGAUGCGCCGAGCAUCGCCGGGACGCGGAUCGCGACACCGCCUCGCGGGGCGCGCGAUGAUGGCGGAAUGCGCGCGGACAGAGGAUACGGUAUUGUCCGGCUCGAUCGAGCACAUGGUGGAGUCGGUCGCCUAUCGCGGCGGCAACAUCGAGCGCAAAAGGGGCAGCAGCACGUGGCUGGUACGCGCGACGCAAUAAUAGAUGCCAAAACGGCACUACGCCGGCACGAGUCGAGGUGGACCAAUCGUCACGACGCGGGACGUAACCGUCGAAUGCGGACAAGUGCUCGAGGAAAACCGCUGGACCGCGUGCUUGCAUGUAGAUCGCGAGGGAGAGAAGGAGGAGGCGAAGAAGAGGAAGAAGGAAGAGAAGGAAAAAGAGAAGGGAAAGAACGACGACGAGGCUCAUCGUCGCGAACGGAUCGCGGACAAACAGACUGAACGGCCGCCUCGCGGAUUUUCAUCGCGCGGCAGGGAGUAGCGGGUGCCACCACGGGGGCGGGGGUGGGCUUGCCCCUGCUUCUUCUCGUUGUUGCUCUCCUCGAUGAUCUAACGCGCGCGACGACGGCCACGCAGGUGAUAACUCAGCCGCUGGACAGCCUCCAUCCAGCCGACACUGCAUCAUCUAUUCAUCUGUCGUCGCAAACGUCCGAUCGUCCGUUCAUCGCGUCGCGCCUGUUUCGAAGGACGAUUCGAAAGUGCGCCUCCAGCCUUAACGAAAUCAGUUGUAAGGGUCACGUGAAUCGGAGAACUCUGGAUCAUCUUACUACUCUGACGACGCGUCUUUCGCCUUCUUCCGCGCCGCCGUUGUCGUUGACGUCGUCUCUGUCGUUAACAUCGCCGCUAUUGUUGACGCCACCGCUGUUGUCGUCGUCGCCAUCGUCAUCGUCGUCGUCAUCGUCGUCAUUGUCGUCUUUGUCAUUGUCGAAAGUGCCGUCGUCUUUGACGCCGUUGAAUAUUGUCGUCGUCAGGCAUCAAGAUCUUUCCGUUCCGACACCGGAUCGUGACGAGGAAAAUGAAGAGAUCACAGCACGACGAGAAAGAGCUAAACGAGUACCAAUUAGCAAGAGAUCGAAACUGAAAGAUCAAUCUUCUCCGAACUUCAUCGAUCCCUGGCCGGAGGCAUGGCGACGCAUUGACGAACGUUCUCUACAACCUCGCAAGCUGGAAUCCGCAUCGCCCAUCGACGAUGGCUUUCGUCCGGCAGUCCGAGCUUUCACUCCGUUGCUAGAGCCCGUCUUCAAGUUUGGAGAAUCGAUAUUGCGCCCGGAGAAUUCCCUGCGGGAUAUUCUACUUCACGAGAGCGCUUCGAAAACAACGGCGACGACGACAACGGCGGUGGCGACGACAACGACCACGCGGAACAUCGCAUAUCUCGGUGCUACUCGGCGAACUGGAAGCAUCGAGAAAGAUGACAUCGGGGGAGUGACUGAGGACGGGAUAAAGGAUGAUAAGAAGAGUGAAAGGAGGGAGUUAGUGCUCGUGGGGAACAAGAAUAAUGGUGCGGUCGUAGUUGGUAGUGAUAGUGUCAUCGAGUGGACUACGACGACAGUCACCGGGCCGAUGUCAUCGUCGCGGUCGGCGUUUUCCGGAGACGAUGUGCAGGUGGCCGAGCAUGUAAGAGUGCGCGCAAAUUCCGAGCGAAACUCACCGAAGAACGAAGAGAGCGACGAGGAGCAGGUCAAGGUAACCGUCGCGCACGACGUCGAAGACUCGUUCGUAUCGUCGACGACGACAACGACGACGACGACGACGACGACGACGCAACGUCCACCACUGACUCAAGACACCUCUAUGGAAGCACUGAGUGCGAGCGGCUAUAUCGUCUCGGCGGCGCUCGUGCUGAUAAUUGGAGCACUGGUGGGUGUCCUGGCGACGAUAUCGCGUCAUCUUCAUCAUCGUCGGCUGCUGGUGCACGAGCCGGUCCCACCCGGCUCUGCUUCCUCCUCUUCCGCCUCGAUUCUCCAUUAUCAUCAUCGGCAUCACCAUCAUCGUCAUCGACUUCGUCGCGAGGAGCCACCGCCACCGCCGUUACAACGCUGUCUUCUGCUACAGGAUCAUUGCCGUCAUCCUGAUACACCGAUGCUGUCGGUGAGCCAAGGAAUGGAGGUCGGCAGCAGUGGACGCGGUGCAUCGGCGGGAGAUGACCCAACUGCCGGUGCAGCGGGCGGUAGAGGUGGCGGAGGCGGUGGCGAUACUAGGAGACGUCGCGACAUACAGGAGGUGAUGAUCGCCGCGGCGAGAGAUCGCGCGAUCCGCGCGGACAGCGUCCGGCAGGAUCUCGCUCUCAAUCUACCGCCGCGACUCGAGCUCCCGGACGGCGAGGAGCACCCAUACGGAGCGCACUCGGAUCUUCAUCUCCGCAACUCGGAGCAGGAGAGCGAGAUCUACCAAAAGUGCGUACGGGCGCCUCCGAAUCGCACAGUGUUCGACAGCGAAAGUCCGCCGCCUUAUCGGACCCCACCGCCCGGUAGCAGCCAGCACAUCCAUACAGGGCUGCUCGAUCUGCCGGGUGAUCGGAUAUCGCGAAGUCAGAGCCCCAGUAGCAGCAAUUUGUUGCUAAGUACCGCUCGCUCGAUGUUUAAAAUGUUCCCGAGCCACACGACGCCAUCGUCGACGUCGGUGCCGGUCAGCAAACCGCCCUUUUCCAGUUAUUCCGAGUCCAAUAGUAAUGUGAGCAGUAAUCUGAGCAGUAGCAAUCUGUCCAACAUCACCGUGGUGCCCUGCGAGACCGAUGAAAGCCGGCAAGAACAGCAGCAGCAACAUCAGCAACAGCAGCAGCAGCAAGUCCAUCAGAAGGUCUGAUCCGCGGUGUCCUCCUUCUUCGAUGCCAUUGUCGUCACUGUCGCAGUCGCAUCGUCCGAUUCCGAGAACGAGCAAUGGUUUCCAAAAUCGUUUUGUGCGACUGCAACGACAACGACGAUGCCCUUCAAGACUGAUUAUCGGAAGAAACGUCAACAAAGAAUAGAUCUCAUCGGUCGUUCCAUCAUGUUCAGCAACGAAUAUCGCAUAUACACGAGAGAAGAUGAUAUCAUCCCGGCCGAUGGUAUCCAUGUUGGAUCGUUCUUCCGGCGUUCUUCUAUAAAGAAAUAGAGAGAGAAAGAGAGAGCGAGAGAGAGAGAGAGAGAGAGAGAGAGCGAGAAAAAGAGAGAGAGAAAGAAAGAUUGAAAGAGAGAGAGAGAGAGAGAGAGAGGGUCGUCCGUUCGUGGCCUAAAGGAAGGCCGGCGGAGAUAUAGAGAAGCCGGCUUCUGGUAUAGUGACUGAAGAAUUAAAUCAGUCAUCAAGACUGCGCUCAAUCGCCGUGCGUUGAUUUACGCCUUUGUUCUCUUUGUCUUUUCCAUUGUGAGAGUCGAUGCGCCGCCAUUGUUAUCGUCAUUGACGCGUCUCAUUGUGCAAUUCCACACGCGGCCAGUGUCUAGCCUAGAUCUCAGAUUAUUCCAAAGCGGUGGCACGAAGAUUACGAUAUUGUUUCGAGCGUCAGCAUCAGAGAAAGAAUCGAAAGAAGAAACGCAGGACGAGUAAGGGAAGCGGUCGAAAGCCAACAUGGAAAACGGGGCGUCAUCAACGCGCGACGUAAAGCAAUCCCUGGCCUACCCUGGGACAAGAAGUUCCCCUGUCCAGGAAUUACACGGCGAGAAGCUUCGCUUCGAGGAGACGCGAGUUUAACGACUCGUACGGACUCGGCAAUGAAGCGGAUCCGCCGGAUCACCCUCUUCCAGCUCUCGACGGAGGCUCGACAUCGCGGAGGUUUGUUCAUCGCGCGCGACAAAGACUUAGUAAAUUAUUUAUUGCCGAUAUAUAACAUUUUAUUCGCGACGGGAGGCUGCUGCGCGACGGCCGGACGGGACGAGUGCGGUUUCACGCGAUGAUGGUUGUGGAGAAGAAAAGAAGAGAAAAGAAAAAUGGACGGACGGGACAUGAGUUGUUGUAUGAUCGUUCGUUGCGUGAGUGCGAGACCAGGCGUGCGUACGAGUAAAUGCAAGCGCGCGUGUGCGGAACGAGUAGAACGAAAGACGCGCAAGAGGCGCGGCUAAUUGCAGGGUCGAGAAAAAAAAAGAAGAAAGAAAGAGAAAGAGCGGACCCGUGCGCACGCGUGUUUGUGUAUGCAUGUAAGGAGUUAUAGGGGAUAAUGUAGUGCCAAGAGUGAAAACGGAAACUCUGUACAUAUUAGGCUAGGUAGUUCAAUAUCAAUAUACUUAUUACGACUAAAAAAAAAC